GAAUUAUUAAAAUUUUAUAAUAUGUAGGGAUGCAAUAGAUCAUAAAAAAUAGCCAUCUGCACAGUUGGUUUACCAGCACGUGGGAAAACAUAUAUAUCUAGAAAAUUGAAUCGUUACUUUAAUUGGUUAGGUUACAAAAGUAGAGUAUUCAUUAAUGGAAAUUAUAGAAGAGAAAUAUGUGGCACUGAAUGCAAAUCUUAAUUUUUUGAUCCUCAUAAUGAAGAAGUAAUACAUAACAAAUUAAAAUUAGGCUUAAAAAGCAAGAAAUGAUUGUGCAAAAAUGGCAUUAUAAGAUUUAAUAUAAUUUCUUUAAAAUGGAGGAGAUGUAGGAAUAUUGGAUGGAACAAACAUAACAAAAGAAAGAAGACAUUAGAUUGAAAAUGAUCUAAAAUCUUAAUUUAAUGGAAUUCAGACUCUAUGGAUUGAAUCAAUAUGUAAUGAUUCUAAAGUGAUUUAAAAUAAUAUACGAUUGACCAAGAUAAAUAAUCCAGAUUAUUGUAACAUGAACCCUGAAUAAGCUACAAUUGAUUUCCUAAAUAGAAUUAAGAUGUACGAACAGGCUUAUGAAACUAUAACCGACGAUGAGAAUCUCUCAUAUAUCAAAACGAUGAACGUCGGAGCAGACGUACUAAACAUGUUUCCAUGCUUAGAUUAUUGUUCAUUAAGUCUAUGGCUUUUUGUUGUCCAAAAUCGUAUCCUUUAUUAUGAAUCUUCAUACAUAUCCAAGACCAAUCUACUUAUCUAGACAUGGAGAGAGCCAGUAUAAUGUGGAUGAUAGAGUUGGAGGUGAUUCUGAUUUAUCUGCCUUAGGAGAAAUGUAUGCAGAAAAAUUAGCUGAUUUCUUCUAUUCAGAAUUUCCAACUAAGGAAAUUAAAAAUGAGAUCAUAUUCUUUACAUCCACUAUGAGAAGAGCAGUCCAUACAUCUGAUGUUGUAGCUUAAAAACUAGAAAUUCAACCAUUACAACUAAAGACACUAGAUGAAAUUAAUGUAGGUAUUUGUGAUGGAAUGACUUAUUCUGAAAUAGCUUAAAAAUUUCCUAAUGACUUUUAAGUAAUCAUUUUUUAUAAUAAAUAUUUAAUAGGAGAGAAAAAUCAAUAAAUUAGGGUAUAGAUACCCAAGAGGAGAAUCAUAUUUAGAUUUAAUAAGUAGAAUAGAACCAGUAAUAUUUGAGAUUGAACGUUCAAGACAACCUGUGAUGAUAAUAGCUCAUUAAGCAAUUUUAAGAUGUCUGUAUGCUUACUUUCAUCAAAAUGAAAUACCAGAAGUUCCUACUUUAGAUAUACCGUUACAUUGUGUAAUAAAAUUAACUCCUGCUGCAUAUUUUUGUUUUGAAAAACGUGUGCUGAUCAAUCCUUAGACUGGUGAAAUUUAAUAAAAGGAAGAAUUUGUAGAAGAAUUUUUAAGAUCUAAAAGUAAACAGAAGAGUUUUAUUGAUUUAUGAUUAUAUUCAUGAAAUGUUAAUGGAG